CUCAAAAUUCAAUGACGCCGAGGUUUGUCUGUUUCCUCAAAAGCCUGCAAAGCAGUUGACCGAAGCUGUCAUCAAACCUCCCGUCUCCAGGGCGCACUCGAUCAUAUUCCAUGCGGUCUUGUAACCUAAUACUCAAAUGGCCACGUCCAUAGCAACUAUUGGCAUCGUGAAUAUCGCCGCUGGACGGCUCCUGACGUCGGCCGCAUUGCGCCAAGGCGACGAGGCUCAGAAAGUGACAUUGACCCUGCUCGAGAAUACACAUGUCAAGGCCAUGACGAAACAAGAGACGUACGACGGUUUGCGCGAUCAUUACGACGAGCUUGUGAUCACUAGAGUCCAGAUUGGGGACGGUAUGCUCAUCCGCUUGAAGCAGCGGCACGAGAUCUUGCAGUACAAACGGGAGUCCCUUCUGCUGAAGGACGCCAUAAUAAGCUGCGCCAAGCAUGCACGCAGCCGCUUGGUAUCGCGGAGGAUGAGAAACACGACACUGCCUGUGUCUUCGGAGAGAUCUGCGUCCGAGAUUACGCUCAGCUUGAGUUCAGGCUCAGUGACUGGCGAAGAUGCGGCAGGCACGCCCUUCGACGACAACACUUCGGUCGCCGAUCAUUUGGCCUCGUUGGUCAGUCUGGACUCCGCAGGAUUUGUGGAUCCCUUCCAGGAGCGAGUCAUCGCCACAGAAGACAUGCACUUGUCAGACGAAGAGGUCGACUCCAUUUUCAUGGAACCAGAAGCUGGUGCAGGACCGUACAACGGCGAGGAGCAGCCAACUGGCAUGGAGCACGAACGCAUAGCUAGCAUGCUCGUCCCUAACCCCUUCGCCGAGUCUGGUGCAGUGGAGAACGAGAUUAACCUGCAGCUGCCACACGACAGUACGGAAGGAGACACUAUCCAAAUCACCACAAUCGAGGGUGCUCCGCGCGCCGAUGCUUGACCUCCAUCCUGAUAUGGGGCCGCCCCUUUUUCUCGACUCCUCCAACAUCAUCCCGUUGAUGCUAUCCGUCACUCCUACCAUGGCUCGUGUUCCUCUUUGAAUCAGUGCAUCUCACUGUAUAUGGCC